CUCCUCCUCCUCCUCCUCCUCCCGCUCUUUCUUCCCCCGUCCCGCCCCGCUGGCUGUUGCCGUGGCGACACGGGAAGGAGGAGGCGGGGCCGCCGCCCCACCCCGGCCGCGCCGCAGCCCGUGAGCGCGGCCCCGCCGCCGGCAGCGCCGCCCAGGAGCCGCCGCGGCGGCCCGGAGCAUCCGCCGGGCGGGGAGCGGAGCGGAGGCGGCUGCGGCGGCGGGCGCAGGGCGGGGCGGCCGAUGGCGGGGGGGUGAGGAGGGGCCGUCGGCAGGUGCGGGUCGGGCGGGCGGUCCGCGCUGGCGGGAGGAUGCGCGAGUACAAGGUGGUGGUGCUGGGCUCGGGCGGGGUGGGGAAGUCGGCGCUCACGGUACAGUUCGUGACCGGCACCUUCAUCGAGAAGUACGACCCCACCAUCGAGGACUUCUACCGCAAGGAGAUCGAGGUGGACGCCUCCCCCUCCGUCCUGGAGAUCCUGGACACGGCCGGCACCGAGCAGUUCGCCUCCAUGCGGGACCUCUACAUCAAGAACGGGCAGGGCUUCAUCCUCGUCUACAGCCUGGUCAACCAGCAGAGCUUCCAGGACAUCCGACCCAUGCGCGACCAGAUCAUCCGCGUCAAGAGGUAUGAGAAGGUGCCAGUAAUUCUGGUUGGUAAUAAAGUGGACCUGGAAAGUGAGAGAGAAGUAUCAUUGAGUGAAGGCAGAGCCUUAGCUGAAGAAUGGGGCUGCCCCUUUAUGGAGACCUCUGCUAAAAGUAAAACAAUGGUGGAUGAGCUCUUUGCGGAAAUUGUUAGACAAAUGAACUAUGCAGCACAGCCAGACAAAGAUGAUCCAUGCUGUUCUGCAUGUAAUAUACAAUAGCAUUAAAAAUGACCUAACCUGGACUUAAUUUGCAGAAAUUUUGUAAGGUGGUAAAACUGUCUACUUCACUUCCUGGUUUGUGGGUCACUUGAAAUACAUCUGUAGUGAAGUAGCAACAUUAACUCAGAGCUGAGCAUUGAAAGUCAAUCACUGACUCUGAAUAUAAUUGGGUUAAAUGACCACAUCUCACCCGUUUUUUCCCUUUGAGCACCUGCAAUUUUAUGGCACAGUCAGUUGAUCUACAGGGUCAUUCCAGUUGAACGUUCGUGUGUUGUCAUGUCAGACAGCAACAACAGCAACUAUUUCUGAAGAGGACAGAAUCCUUUUGGAAAUGGAAGAUGAGAGCAGUGGAGAGGAUAUCUCUGAAGACCUUUCACAACAAGCAUAAGCAUGAAAAGAAGAGCCAUGUCUUUUGGUGUCUGAUUACCACGCUUCAGAAUGGGCACUAUCACAUGUGGCUGAGUUUGUUCAGUCAGUUAUGUUGAUUUCACCAGAACUUCUGACAGUGUUGGAGGAAAAGGCUACCAGAGAUCCAUAUAGUUUGGAUUCUUUUCAAAAUCAAUACUAUUAUUUCUACACUUUAUCCCACAUCUUGAAAUAGAAAACAUUGAAUCAGUGUGUGAAAUGAAAGGCAAGAUCUGGAAACAAGUGACGGGUGAAGAAACAGUCUGGCAUUGGAAUGUUUUAAAUCUUUCAUUUUGCUGCUCAAAAAUGGAGGAUCGCUUCAGGUUUUGGUCUACAAAAAGCCAAACAAACCCUCUGUUUACAAAGCAGGAAGCAUCUUUAUUUUCACUUUACUGAACCAGAAGGAAGCAACUGUGAUGAAAAAAAAAAAUUUGCUGAGCCUUACUAACAAGGAACACUUUAAUAGAUUAACUAGUACCAUCUUGUAAGGAAAAUUAAGCCAUGUUUCAUCCAUAUGUUCCCUUCUGCAGAAACCUCGUGGGACAGUAUGAACAUCCUGCAUUUUUAAGUUUGUUAAAGACAACAGUUUUUCUUGCCUUUAAGGGCUACAUUCUCUGGUGUGAUCCCGAACUAACCUUUGAAAAUCCAGUUUGCUAUUUGAUAGCUUUAAUGUUGAAAACUUAAAUUGAAUAACCAUGUGAAAUCAUUUGGUUCAGAGGUGAAAUAGUUACAGUUGUAAUUCUUUAGGUGAGUGUGGAAAUGGCUCUUUAAUUGCCUGACACACUAUUCAAAGGUUGCCCCAAUUAUUGGAAUGUUUAAUGGUGGGAGCAAAUAUUUUAUUUGGAAAGGAUGCUCGAGCUCUGACUUGCUAGUUUCAUAGCAGUGAAGUAUUUAUCAUUUGCAUGACUAAUGGCACAGAAAUACCUAUUUCAAAGUCUUACAAUCAAAAGUAUAGAAAAGUUUUCAAUCGCAAUGUUUAGAUUUUAAAUGCUGGAGAGAUUGUCUUGAGCUGGAUCUUUUAUAGGUAAAAUUGGCCAUAAAAAUACAGUCACUGAGCCUGUGGUCUAAAUAACACCAUGCGUUUAUUAGUUUUUAAAUCUUGUGCAGUAACAGUGUAGUUCCUUGUGUUUAAAUGAGUGAAAAUAGGGGUGCUGGGCUGUGUGUGUGUGUGUGUGUGUUGAGUGUGUAUGUGUGUGUAUAUGGCCCUUAGAAAUGCUGUAAUUGGAGUUAGGUUCGAGAGUUUUGCCUCCAUCUGCAGAACUUCCUAAAAGCGCUCUCAUCUGCCACAAAGGACACUGGAGUAGAAAACACUUUGCCAAUUUCCAUGCAUAAAUGUCCUUAACAUUUUGAAUUAUAGUUCACUGGAUGCUAACUAAAGAAAAUCAUAUUCACAGAAGAGAACUGGCCAAGUCUGCCCUUAAUCUUUCAACACCUUUCCACUACCAGUGUGACAAAGGGCAUUAGAUGUCACAGAACAUUAAGCCUUACUAGAACGUAAAUGUAGCCCAUUUCCCAUUUACUUUGCAGAGCUUUUGUUACUGUAUUUUGUUCUCUUAGGGAGAUAGGCACACUGUUUAUUUCUGGCAUCUGAAUGCCCAUUUUGGGUGCUCUGAAUCGCCCUCCUAGAGGCACCUACCUCUUUCCAUUGACUGUAUAGCAAACUUAGGCUAAUUUUAGUCCUCCAGGUCACAGAACUCACAAGCCUAAACUAGAUGGUAUGAAUGUUCUCUUACCACCCCCUGCCUGCCCAUUGUGUCAGCUGCCAUGCUUAAACAAGAUGUGAGAUGUUGGAUUAAUGAUAUUUCAGGGUUUCAAAUAUCUGGAUUGGGAAGUGGUUAAUCAAACAGCACAAUCCAUCCGUAAAACAGCUUGUCAGUGUGAGAUCCACUGCGUAAGCACUCAGAAAAGAAGAAAAUACCAAGAAAAUGGCAUGAAGUAGAGUAUGAACAGCCUAAUGUGAAGUUCAUAAUAUAAAGCAGAUGGGCUUUAAAUAUAGGAAAAAUUGCACAGUAAAUUUUUAACAGAAAAUAUUAAAGAAAAUAUCUCCCAGUUUUGUUUCUUCAUUGCACGCUUACAUUUUCAAAAGCAUAGGCCAUAUGUAAGCUACCAUGCAACUUGGCUGGGGGGGCAAAGUGUAAGUGUUGUUUUUCAUUGUAUAGUUCUGAGGAAGUAGUUAUGCACUAUUUGUAUUUCCACUAAUGUGAAGAUAGUGGAGCUUGAAUCAAUGACAGUUGCACUCGACAGAUUUUCAAAUUAUAGGGGUAGCAGAGUGGGAGGUAGGUGAGCCACACGGCGGCUGUGUGGCUGCCCUGCAGGAAUCACUGGUCUUGGGUCACUGUUUCAUUUGUACCCUGAUAGGAUUACCAGUUAUAGUAUUUGAAAGUUUCUUAUAACAUGCCUUAAAAUAUUAUGAUUUGUUCCAAAGACCCACUUUUCCUUUGGCUGUUCUUGUAGAGCUUUGUACUUUUCUACAAAGACAGCAUUUCUCCAGUUUUGUUGGUUUCUUUUUAAAAAGUUGCAACUUUUAUUCUUUUGAGCUAUGAUAGUGAGAGCAACUGUUUCCUCUUUCCCUUAAAGAUACACACAAAAAUAUUCAAAGCAAACAGACCAGAAUCAGAUAAAGAGUAUUAAAUAUAACUUGCAUUGGAUUUUGUUUGGGUUUUUUCUGUUGUGCCCAUCCCCCUGCCCACCCCUUCAGAGCAUCAAAAAAAUAAAUUUGGUGACAUUUUCUGUUCUGAUUCUAGCCUCUCCCUAACCCCAAUGCUACAGUUGCCAUUACUUUUCUGUGGGAAAAACUACUGGUAUUUGCUUUCCUGUAUAGAAUGUUACCUAAAAAUGUCAGCCAUUUGGUUGGGGGGUUUUGUGCAUGUUUGUUUUUAAUUUUUUAUUUUUUUUUUACCAGUGUGCCAUCAAGCACUGGUUAGGCUUUAAUUGUGAAACUCCGCAACAAAAGCAAAUGUUUGACAACUGCAGGAGGCUUUUAUCUGCAUUGUUGUGCAUCUGUUAAUUCUUGAUCAGGGUUUGAAGAAAGACUGAAGUGGGUUCUGGAGUCAGACUUAACGCUGUUGAUUUGGAGUUUCCUAGGGGUGAAUUAAUGUAUUUCACAGUUAAUUGUUGAGCUCUAAUACAACUGGCAACUUAAAAUGGGGCAAGAGUUUGUUUUGUAACAAUGUCAGUUGUUUAAACCUUGAUGUUUCAAAUAAAACAAGAAUUGUACAUAGAACUCAAUGCAAACUCAGCAGUUGUAUUUGGAGUUAAAUUAUUUUAACAAAUAAAUUUAUUUAAUGAAA